UCUAAUGGGGAUUUUUUUACCAUUCAGAUUUAUUUUUGCCAAGCAAAUUUUAAAAGUGCCAUCAGGUUUCACCAAAAACCAAUUAUAUGUCCCAAAAGGUCAUGUAGUAGUUUACGUGGGAGAGAUGCAAAAGAAACGAUUUGUUGUUCCGAUAUCGUACUUGAAUCACCCUUCAUUCCAACAACUGCUUAAAUAUGCUGAGGAAGAGUUUGGUUUCCAACAUCCUCAAGGGGGUCUUACAAUUCCCUGCAAGGAGGAUGCCUUCAUUGAUCUCACUUCUAGAUUGCAACUGCAAGUUUCUUAGAGAAUGAAGAGCAAAAGGGAAACUUACCGAGUUUUUGACAUUCUUUUUGUUCCUUGACUCAUUUGUGAAGUAAUACUAAAAUCUUUUAGGAAGUCCAAGAACAAUGCCUCCAGAAUGUGAAUGAAUGGCAUUGUUAUGAGAUUUUAACUAAUAUAUGAUU